CCACCGGUCGGUCCCCUCAGAAUCCACGCUCGCUACUCGACGUCGACGCGACGCUUCCCACCCUUUCCCCAUCGGUUGACGCGUCCCACCGCCACGCGCUCCCCUUCCCCGAGACGGAGAUGGCGGCCAUGGGCGGCGAAGACGCGGCGGCGGUGCGCACGGAGGAGUCCCUCUCCGGCGGCGUCGACGUAUGGAGCGACGCCGUCUCCUCCCACGCCCCCGACCAUCUCCUCGUCAUGGUCCACGGCAUCCUCGGCAGUACUGGUGACUGGCAAUACACAGCUAACGAAUUUGUAAAGCAACUCCCUGACGAUGUAAUCGUGCACUGUAGUGAAAGAAACAUGUCAAUGUUGACUCUAGAUGGAGUUGACAUUAUGGGGGAACGCUUGGCAGAUGAGGUGCUUGAUGUAAUUAGUCGAAAGCCAGAACUCACCAAGAUUUCCUUUCUCGCACACUCCGUUGGAGGGUUAGCAGCAAGAUAUGCAAUUGCAAAACUUUACAGAGAACCAAAUGGCGCGUCUGAUGGGCGAGCCAAAGGGACCAUCUGCGGGUUGGAAGCAAUGAACUUUAUUACUGUAGCAACGCCUCACCUUGGUUCACGAGGGAACAAGCAGGUUCCUCUCUUGUUUGGAUCCGUUGCAAUGGAAAAGGUUGCUUGCCGUGUCGUCCAUUGGAUAUUUAAGAGAACUGGUAGACAUCUCUUUCUAACUGACGACGAUGAAGGCCAGCCACCACUGUUGCAGCGAAUGGUUGAAGAUCACAGCGAUCUCUACUUUAUAUCUGCUUUGCGAGCAUUCAAGCGACGAGUGGCAUAUGCAAACGCUGACUGUGAUCAUAUUGUUGGCUGGAGAACAUCAUCUAUUAGAAGAAACACUGAGCUGCCUGAGUUGGAGGUAUCCUCUUCUGAGAAGUACCCCCACAUUGUACAUGAAGAGCACUCAGAAGAAAUUGAUGAUGAGAAGUGCCAAGAUUCCAUGACAGACUGUAAUUUGGACAUUCUGGAAGAGAAAAUGGUGACAGGACUUCGAAGAGUUUCAUGGGAGAAGGUAGAUGUGAGCUUCCACACCAGCAUGACGAGCUUCGCGGCACAUAGCACUAUUCAGGUGAAGUACGCCUUUAUGAACGAAGGUGCCGAUGUCAUACAACACAUAAUAGAUCACUUCCAAGUCUGAGAAUCUCCCACACCAUAGGUUUUCCUGACACGCGGUCCUUACCCCUGCCAUGCUGAUCCAAACGCAUCUGCUUGGCAACUAUGGAUCUGCAGAGUGCAGAGGCAGCUAAUCUCGUAUAAAUUAGAUUCAGAUGCUUCUUGUGUUGUUGUGUAACAAUGUCUCAAAACUGUAGAUAAGAGGAGCGCCACGAAAAAAGGCCAAAAAAAAUAUUGUACCUGUACAUUAUGUCAGAGGAGAGAAAAGUCCGUUCAUGCCCAGAGUUUUGUCUGGGAUUUUCUUCUUC